UCUAGCAGAUCAGUGCGCUCUUUCUUCAAUCAUAAUCAUCAUCAACAUCAUCACCAUCAUCAUCUUUCGACAUCAUAGAUCGCUCUCUUUCAUCGCACGACAACCGUUUCUCUCUCCUCUUCUUCCUCUAAUUCUUGCAUUCAUUCUUAGCUCCUUCACUCAAUCAUCAGUGAAUUUUUAUGGUGUAAACUGAGGACAUUAGUUGGUUGCAUACUUCAUUUGAACCGAUCAAGGUGGUUGUUAUGUGAGAUUUGAAGCUCAAAAAAUGUGUGACUCCAAGAUGAUGUCUGGUUUCUAAAUGAAGACCACUCGUGCAUGGCAGUUCCGCUUAAGAGAUUUGGUUACCAUGUCUGGGUCGCGUCAGCGGCCACAUAUGAAGAGGCCAGUAUGGAUCAUAAUACUUGUUUCUAUGGUGUGUCUUUUUCUCAUUGCUGCCUACAUCUAUCCGCUCCGAAGUGCUUCACCCUGCAGUUUCUUUUCCUCUAGAGGCUGUCUAAACUCAGAAGAAGAAUCAGCUUCUACCAGGGAGCUGACUGAUGAUGAAAUUUAUAGCCGUGUUGUAGUUAGAGAAAUUUUGAAGGCACCUCAUGUUGAAUCCAGAAAUCCAAAAAUUGCUUUUAUGUUUCUGACUCCAGGAACCCUACCUUUUGAAAGACUCUGGGAUAAGUUCUUCCAGGGUCAUGAAGGCAGAUUCUCUGUUUUUGUACAUGCAUCAAGGGAAAAACCGGUGCAUGUAAGCCAUUACUUUCUUGGUCGAGACAUACGCAGUGACAGGGUGGUUUGGGGUAAGAUCUCUAUGGUUGAUGCAGAAAGGAGACUUCUUGCUCAUGCGCUUAGAGAUCCUGACAACCAGCAUUUUGUCUUACUCUCAGAUAGCUGUAUACCCCUUCAUAAUUUUGAUUACAUUUACAACUAUCUCAUGUUCACGAAUGUCAGCUUUCUUGACUGUUUUGUUGAUCUUGGGCCACAUGGUAGUGGAAGAUAUUCUGAUCACAUGUUGCCUGAGGUUGAAAAGGAGGACUUUCGGAAGGGCUCACAGUGGUUCACCAUGAAACGCCAGCAUGCCUUAAUUGUCAUGGCUGACAGCUUAUACUACAGAAAAUUCAAACUAUAUUGCAGGCCAGGAAUGGAGUACGGGAAGAACUGCUAUGCUGAUGAGCACUAUUUGCCAACUUUCUUUCAUAUGACUGAUCCUGGGGGAAUAGCGAAUUGGUCGGUGACAUUUGUUGAUUGGUCUGAAAGAAAGUGGCAUCCCAGGUCCUUCAGAGCUCAAGAUGUCACUUUUGAACUUCUAAGAAAUAUGACGUUUAUUGAUGAGAGUGUGCAUCUGACAAGUGAUGAGAAGAAUCCAGUGAAAGUUACACCAUGCAAGUGGAACGGACAGAAGCGGGCUUGUUAUCUAUUUGCUCGUAAAUUUUAUCCCGAGACAUUAGCAAAGUUGAUUAGUCUAUUCUCCAAUUAUACAGUGGUUUAGUGAGCCAACUUCUUCAUUCUUUGGUCAAUUGAAAUGGUCGACCUAGUAUUUUUUUUGGUAUAUAAUCGUUAGGAUGUAGCGAGGUUUGAAAGUGGAAUAUCCUCAGGUGCAAUAUGUUGCAGACAGCAGGUCCAAUGUUCUGAAAUGUUCGGUGAUCGGCUGAGCCAUCAGCAAUCCACCAUUGCUUGACUUGAGGACAAAGGAGCCAAGGGCUUGUUUUCUUCCAAAUAGCUCCUGCCUUGUAGGCCAACUAAUUUGCAGUCCCUCCUGCCUCCCCUUAGGUUCCUCUUUUUUAUGUUUGGUUGUUCUUAACCACUAAAAUUUGGGUUGCACAAAUGAGAUAGGCUUGUUUCUAAGCUGAGUAAUUUCUCCUAGUAUAAAUAGUCCCUCAUUUUGGGGGUGUAUUUUUUGGACCUUGUACUUUAGUGCAAUGAGCUUUGCUUUGAUAAUGAUAUUUAAGCUAUAGAAUUUGUUA